ACCGAGAUUUGGAAUAUUACGUUACAGUCCUGCAGGAAAAUGGCGGCUGUCAUUCAUAAUCCUCUCAAAUCGCUGGGUGACCAGUUCUAUAAGGAGGCCAUUGAACACUGCCGCAGCUACAAUGCCCGACUCUGUGCCGAGCGCAGUGUGCGCAUGCCCUUCCUGGACUCGCAAACGGGCGUUGCACAGAACAACUGCUACAUCUGGAUGGAAAAGCGCCACCGCCAGCCAGGCCAAGCAGCGGGACAGAUGUAUACCUACCCUGCUCGAUGCUGGAGAAAGAAGAGGCGACUCCACCCUCCUCUGGAUCCCCAGCUCCGCCUGUGUGAGCUUCGACUAGAAGCUGAGCUUGCCCCAAAGCGGGAGGUGCCCCCGGGGGAGGCCACAGCCUUGGAGGCCCUUCUCAGGGGGGACAGCCUGCUGGAGAAAAAGAACAGCAUCUGUAAGGAGGAGGAGACGUUGCUGGAAAUACAGAGAGUACUGGAUGCAGACGAGAAUGGGGACGGUUUCAAUGAUGAGGACGACUUUGAACUGGACACUCCAAAGAGAAAGAACAGAAACAGAGGCAAAAACAGAUCAAGUCGCAGGAGAACAGAUCCCGUCAACACCGAGGACCAGGACAAACCUUACGUCUGUGACAAUAGACACAAACAAAAGCAUAACUCAAAAAAGGCUGAAGAAGUCUGUGGGAAGCGCUACAAGAACCGGCCCGGCCUGAGCUACCACUACACCCACACUCACCUGGCGGAGGAGGAGGGCGAGGAGGAGAAAGAACCAGAGAUGAGUCCAUCUCCUCCACGGAGCGCAGACAACCACAAACCUCAGAAGGCCGCAGACGGUUCCAUCAUCCCCAACGACUACUGCGACUUCUGCCUGGGAGAUCAGGACUCCAACAGAAAGACGGGCCAGGCCGAGGAGCUGGUGUCCUGCUCUGACUGUGGACGCUCCGGUCACCCAACGUGCCUGCAGUUCACCGACAACAUGAUGCAGGCGGUGAGGACGUACCAGUGGCAGUGCAUCGAGUGCAAGUCCUGCAGCCUCUGUGGAACCUCAGAGAACGAUGACCAGCUGCUGUUCUGCGAUGACUGCGACAGAGGAUACCACAUGUACUGCCUGAAGCCUCCAAUGCAUCAGCCUCCGGAAGGGAGCUGGAGCUGUCACGUGUGUCUGGACCUGUUAAAGGACAAGGCCUCAGCCUAUGGAGAAGCAUAACAACGUCCUCGACCAUUUCUUGACACGCACAUACACAAGACAUAUAUUUGUCUACACACAUAUAACUGCCCACACAUAAGCAGAAGCUUUAUCUCAUAUCAAACACACACACAGACACAGACACACACACACACACACACUCCAGUGCAUUAGCAGGCUCAGGGCAGUUUCCUGUGUGAGGCGCAGGCAUCCUCUACCUCUCAUGAAGCCACAGCAACACGCCAGAUGCGAACGCCAUCACGCCACGCGAUCUCGACCAUAAGUCAGCGAACAUGCCAUUCAGUCAUCCCUCUACCUCCCCACUCGGCAAUCAGCAGACAGCAAGAAUCCCAAGCAAGAGUUAAAAAAAAGGUGGAUACACAAAUCGGCCACAAUUUAAGAAAACAGGGUGAAAUGAUCGAUGAAAAGUGAAAGUAUUUUGUAAAUCGCACAACUGAUUCUUACCAUCAUCUGAACAAGUGCCCUGUUUUAAUAUUGUGGCUGAGCUGUGUUUAUUCAUUUAAAAGCAAACAUCUGAAUUCUCUGGAUGUCGUCCCCCACCCCCCCGAUUUAAAUGCAUUGGAGUAUAAUUUAGAUGACGUUUCUCUCAGAGUAUUUAAGCUGUUUCACUUGCCUCCCUCGCUGCUCGGACUCUACAGUGGGGGAACUUGAGUGGGUUUUGACUGAUGUUUGUUUAAAUCCAGCUCCGGCCCCUCUCUUGUGUUUAAACUUUACGGUGACAUUCCUACAGUAAAUGUCCUUAUAUCUGGACAGACUCAGUGUUGGUUAUGCCGUCUUACACAGUAUUUGUCAACCCGGGCGGAAUUUAUGUCCAAUGCUGAGGGGAAACGCGGCGUCGAAGCGGCCUCGACUGUCACUCCUUACGGAUUGUGUUGACAUUUUUUAUCCGCGUCUGUUUUCUGUAUCCUUGUAGUUACUAGGAUACCACGGUGCUCACAUGUAACACUUUACACAAGAUUUAACCUGUCUUUAAAUAGAAUGAAACAUGUAUUCAUGCGUUGCGGAUAGUGCACCAAUGUUACUGUUAUGAAGAUCAUGAUUACUGUAAAUCAGUGGUUCCCAGACUUUUACUGUCACGCACCCUAUGGACAACAAAAAGCUUAUAUGGCCUUUAACCCACCACAAGCAAACUUGCACAUUAGAAGCAUUUCUGUCAUCUGGUAACAAUACUGGUGACAAAAUAAGAAAUGUAUUGAAAUAAUGAUAUGAAGAUUAACUAUAUUUUCUCUGCUUUUUCACGAGUUUCUUUUGUUUGAAUGAAAAAACAAGAGCCUUUUCACUGUUUGUCAUAUCAUAAAACCUUGGCUCCAAUAAAGUUAAUGUUCCAGUGCUGAAAUUUAGUUUUUGUAACCCGUAACACCACAUCAAGUCGUUUGGAGGGUUGGAAGUAAUUAGAUUACAACUAGUUUAUUUCAUAGAAGAGCACAUAGACAUGCUAAUUAAUCCUUUCUUCUGACUUGGGUUUUUUGGUUUUUACAAAAGUCACAAAAAAAAAGUCUAGUUUUCCAGACUCUUUGUCUACCAAAGACUGCAAGUGCAUCGUUUACACAGCUUCAGCAUGUGGAACCAGAAGAACCCUCAGUAAUGUGCAUACCUCUGCGGAGGCCCAACACUAAACCACAUUUAAAUUCACCAGAUCUGGAUUUUUAUAUGAAUCUGCAAACAAACUGCACACAAUCGCAGACAUUAGCCCCCCUAAAUAUGCUUGAAUUUCAAUAUCUGUGAAUUAUUCUCAGAGAAAUUAGGGAACAUGUUGCAAAAACUCGCACUGUUAAAGGAAAUGAAAAGAUUUUCCUCCACAACUUGAUCUGGAUGUGCGAUAAGAUUUAGUGGGUUGUCCCCUGACCCACACCACAUCCUUCCAUCAAGUUUUUGCAAAAUCCUGUUUUAAGACAAACAACAAAUGCAGAGGAAAACAUAACUUUUUUUGACUAUUUAUAUUGUUAGUUUCAUGAUGUAGUUAGUUACACUUGUGUUGGGCAGGUAAAAUCCUGUGCUGUGAAAAAAGGCUCUUCACCUUUGCACAUUCCACCCGGGUCCUAUUCGCCCCUCCAAAGGGCCCCACGCCACGGUUUGGGAACCACUGCUGUAAAUUCAUCAGUUCAACAUGUGUUCAUUCAUUCAAUCUCCAUUCAUCAGUGUUUGGAGGAGGCCCUCCAUGUCCUGAGGAGGCAGUAUUUACUGGUGUGUUGUAUCUGGAAGUUGGCACAGUUAAUGUUAUAAUAUUUUUACAGUUUUUUCCAUUUUCAUUCUGCUGUUUUUACCAUAAAAUAAAAAUCUUCAUCGGUUCAAUGUUUUGUUUUUGUAAUGUGCAAACAUUUGGUAGCACUAACUCAAAACAUCCCAUAAAAACAUGUUUGCUCAUAAACAUCCGUAUCGUACACAUGGUGUGUAAGCCUUGACAGGAUACCAAAUUCUGCAUUUGUGUGUUUUGCUAUUGUGAAUUUGUAUUUGAUCUUGCUUUUCCACCGACAAUCAUGAGCUUAGAUAUAUGGUGUUCAUAACAUACAGAGGUUCUUUUUUUUUUGUAUUGUGUUUUUCCAUUGCAGGCAUAAUGACCCUGUGUGUCUUCCUUCCUUCACUCUUAUUUGAUGCCAUCACCUACAGUGAUUCAAAAUGUAUGUUGUAUUUUGUUAAAGUAAAUGUUUGGUGCCGAAU